AGCACAAAAAUGAUGUCUGAUGCCAGUGAGAUGUUGGCAGCGGCCUUGGAGCAAAUGGAUGGAAUCAUUGCAGGCUCCAAGGCCAUUGAUUAUUCUAAUGGACUGUUUGACUGCCAGUCGCCCACAUCUCCCUUCAUGGGUGGCCUUCGGGUGCUGCAUUUACUGGAGGACCUGCGAGCUGCAUUGGAGCUAAUGGACAAUGAGGAGAGGGACAACCUGCGCUGCCAGAUUCCAGAUUCCACUGCAGAGGGACUGGCAGAGUGGCUUCAAGGACGAAUGACCAAUGUCCACAGCUCAGAUGCCGCUUACCAAGAACGCCUGUCACGGCUGGAGAGCGACAAAGAGUGUCUCAUUCUUCAGGUGAGUGUUUUGACAGACCAGGUGGAGGUGCAAGGUGAAAAGAUUCGGGAUUUGGACAACAACUUGGAGCAUCAUCGGGAGAAACUAAAUGCUGCUGAGGAGCUUCUGCAACAGGAGCUGCUGAACCGGACUGCUUUGGAGACCCAGAAGCUUGAGUUGAUGACCGAAGUGUCCAGCCUGAAGCUGAAGCUCACUGCUCUGGAGAGAGACCACAGGAGCAGUGAGGGGCUGUACCAGGAAGUCACAGACCUGCGUUUCAGGGUAACGGACAUAGAGAAUGAAAGACUGCAGUGUGAGAAGAAACUCAAAACCACUAAAGAGGAGCUGCAGCUACUACAGAGGCAGCUGGAGGAGCGGGAGGAAGAACUGCGAAGGCUGAGGGAUGAGAGCAGACCAAAGGUGGAGAACAGGAAUGAAGGGGGAGAAAGAGAUACUGAAAUGUUAAAAAUGAAGAUGGUGGUAGAGUCGCUGACGUCAGACAGCGUAGAGAAGGAGCUGAGGAUUAAAGAGCUGGAGGAGUCUCUAAUGAGGUGCAAGAAAAUCCAGGAGCUGGUCAAAGAGAAGCUGAAAGAAGACGACUACGAUGAUAUCCCUGAUGAUCCCUCAGUUUCUGUUUCCAUGGAUGUGGAUCAGGUCACCCUAGAGCUGGAGGGGGAGGCAGGAAGGAGCUCUGGAGAGUCUAUUCCAUGUAUAGCAGUGCUCUCUGAGAUGAACGAACUGGAUAGAGAGCGACAGUUACAAGGAACCCAGAGCUGCUUUAAUGACCUCCAGCCAGGCAGCUCAGCUGUAACCAGCAGCCCUGAUCAGGCUAAAGCUAAAGCAGCGCCCAGCUCCACUUCUCCCACCAAAGGAAACGCCGGUGAGGGGACCUUUGGCAGUAAGAGGGCACGCGCCUCCUUUGGUCGCGGCUUCUUUAAACUACGUGGAGGCAAACAGACGGCCAGUGCCCCGGACCUCGCUGAGACCGACCGGAAAGGCACAGAGCACCUGGACUUGGCUGGCGUUCCUCCAAAGAAAUCCCACACCGCGGGUCCUCUGUCAUCGUCUCCAGACACCAAGAAGAAGUCCAAAGGGUUGAAGAAAUUCUUUGGCAGGCUAAAGAGGAGCCACUCCACCUCCUUGAACCCCGAUGAUGAGGCUGAGAUGGAGUUCAGGAGGGGUGGAGUCAGGGCCACCGCCGGCCCUCGACUUGGCUGGUCCCGUGAACCAAAACACAAUGCUGUAGAUGUUCCGUUCUCGCGUUGGAGUAAAGAGGAAGUCUGUGCCUGGCUCCAUGAGCAGGGCCUGGGGCUGUGCGUGGCCCACGGCCAGAGCUGGAUCAAGUCUGGACAGACCUUACUGCAGGCAUCACAGCACGACUUGGACAAGGAAUUGGGCUUGAAGCAGCCUCUGCACAGGAAGAAGCUGCAGCUCGCUCUGACGUCUGUUGGCUCCUCAGAGGAGGAUCUGAAGGGCAAACUGGACCAUAACUGGGUGACCAGGUGGCUGGACGACAUCGGCCUACCGCAGUACAAAAGCAACUUUGAUGAAGCUCGGGUUGAUGGACGUAUGCUGCACUACAUGACGGUGGAGGACCUGCUGUCUCUGAAGGUUGGCAGCGUUCUUCAUCACCUCAGCAUCAAAAGGGCCAUUCAGGUCCUCCGGCUUAACUUUUACGAACCCAACUGUCUCCGGCGCCGCCCCUCUGAUGAGAACAACAUCACGCCAGCUGAGAUCUCACAGUGGACCAACCACAGGGUGAUGGAAUGGCUGCGCUCAGUGGAUCUUGCAGAAUACGCCCCCAACCUGAGGGGCAGUGGUGUUCACGGAGGCCUGAUGGUGUUGGAGCCUCGUUUUAACGUGGAAGCGCUCGCCCUCCUGCUAAACAUUCCUCCUAACAAAACCCUGCUGAGGCGCCACCUGGCCACACACUUCCAUCUGCUCGUUGGCUCUGAGGCUCAGCGGCUCAAACAGGACUGUCUGGAAAACCCCGACUACACAGUCCUCACAGCCACCGCCAAGGUCAAGCCCAGACGUCUGUCAUUUGGGGGUUUCGGCACUCUGAGGAGAAAACGUCAGGAGGAUGGAGAGGACUACGUCUGCCCCAUGAAUGUGGAAAUGCCCAAAAACAGCAGCUUCCAGAGAACUUAUAGGAUCUACGAGGACGCUCUGGACCACCUGGAGCAGAUGGAAGACUCUGAAGGAACGGUCAGACAGAUCGGAGCGUUCUCUGAGGGCAUAAACAAUCUGACGAGCAUGCUGACCGAUGAGGUUUUCCAGGAGGAGGUCUCAGUCUGCCCUUCAGACACCAACAUGGAGACACACGUCGCCUGA